ACACUCUCACAAUCUCACAUCUCGCACACAGCCUCCACUCCGGGUCUGAAUCUACAAGAGAUCCAUUUUUACCUGAAAUCUCUCAUUCAUACUCAGAAUCAUCACAUCCUUUCGCGGUUUCUUUAGCCACACGCAACAAAUCAGGGUUUUGAGGUGAGAUUUGGCCAAUGCAUGAGAAAACCACAAAGGAAAAGACCCAUGGCGAUGGACAAGUCGAGUUCAAAGUACAGAACAUAUUUUUGGUACGUGGCAAUGGUCUCUUUCCUCCUCUGGCUUGUCUUGCUUUACCUUUUUAACUCCUCCGUAAAAACCGUUCAUAACCACGAGAGAUUGUUCCGGCAAGAAAACGUGAUCGAUCUCCCCGUCCACGUCUCACAACAAAACCAUGAAUCCGACCAAGCUGUUGUCUCAAACGUCGACAACAUCACUGUUCCUGUUACCGGCAAUGGUUCCUCUCAAGAGGUUCAGAUUUCGGAAGAUGCCAAGGUUGUGUCUGAUCUCGUUGAGGAACUUGAGAAAGAAGACGUUGAGAAUGUGAAGAAGAGAGGUGAUACGGCUUGGAGUCGUCGGUCCACGAGGUCUAGGGGAAGACAUCGUGAGUCACGAAGGACGAGAUCUUCGGAUAAGAGAAUGGUUCGACCUAAUAAUGACGACGAGAACAAUGUGGAUAAUAGUGAUGAAAAUCAUCAAUCACUCGACAAGGAACCGAACUUUUUCGAGCCUAGGAACGAUGUUACAUCAAAGAAAGAGCGAGUUGAUGACAAUAACGUUGUGGAGAGUAAGCAAAACACGUCGAAUAAUAAUAUUUCCAAGGUCAACAGCAGAAUAAGCGCCAAGAGGAACCAACCUAAAGUUGUGGUACGGCCAAGAGUAACGCGACGUAACGAUCCAUGUCGAGGGAAAUACGUUUACAUGCACGAUGUUCCAUCUUUAUUCAAUGAAGAGCUUCUCAAGAACUGUUGGACGUUGAGUAGGUGGACCGAUAUGUGCGAGUUAACAUCGAACUUCGGUUUAGGCCCUCGUCUACCAAACAUGGAGGGGGUUUCCGGCUGGUUCGCCACGAAUCAAUUCACAUUGGAAGUGAUAUUCCACAACAGGAUGAAGCAGUACAAGUGCUUGACCAAAGACUCUUCUCUUGCUUCUGCUGUGUAUGUACCUUACUAUCCGGGUUUAGACUUGAUGAGGUUUCUGUGGGGACCGUUCCCAUCCAUGAGAGAUGCGGCGGCGCUUGAUUUGAUGAAGUGGCUUAGGGAGAGACAAGAGUGGAAGAGAAUGGACGGUCGAGAUCAUUUCAUGGUGGCUGGUCGCACCACUUGGGACUUUAUGCGUACACCAGGGAAUGAAUCCGAUUGGGGAAACAGGUUAAUGAUCUUACCAGAAAUAAGAAACAUGACGAUGUUACUAAUCGAAUCAAGCCCAUGGAACUACCACGGAUUCGCAGUUCCUUACCCGACCUACUUCCACCCUUCAACCAACGCAGAGAUUCUCCAAUGGCAGAACCGCAUGAGAAGAAUCAAACGCCGUUACCUAUUCUCCUUCGUAGGUGCACCGCGUCCAAACCUCGGUGACAGCAUAAGAAGCGAGAUCAUGGACCAAUGCAAAGCUUCCAGAAGAAAAUGCAAGCUUCUUGAAUGCGUCUCGGGCUCUCAAAAAUGCUACAAACCCGACCAGAUCAUGAAGUUCUUCCUGAGCUCAACGUUCUGCCUCCAACCACCGGGUGACUCCUACACUAGACGGUCCACAUUCGACUCUAUUUUAGCCGGUUGUAUACCGGUUUUCUUCCAUUCGGGGUCGGCUUACGCGCAGUACAUCUGGCAUUUACCGAAAGAUAUCAGUAAAUAUUCAGUUUUUAUACCGGGGAAGAAUGUUAAAGAAGGUAAAGCGAGCAUAGAGAGGGUUUUGAGUAGGAUACCGAAGGCGAAAGUUGUGGCGAUGAGAGAAGAAGUGAUAAAGUUGAUACCGAGGUUGAUGUAUUUUAACCCUUCGGGUAAGAGAGGAGACGCGGGGAGGUUUGAAGAUGCGUUUGAUGUGGCUGUGGAAGGGGUGUUAGGGAGAGUGGAGGGGUUAAGGAAGAGGAUUGAGGAAGGGAAUGAAGAGAUUUUUGAUUUUCCGGAGAGGUUUUCUUGGAAGUAUAAUGUGUUUGGGAAUGUUGAGAAGCAUGAGUGGGAUUCUUACUUUGUUAGGCGUUGAGUGAUUGAUAUUAGAUUGUGUUCUUUUGUUUUUUGUUGGGAGAGAAAUGAAUGUAGUUGUUGUGAUUGUCAUGGUAGAAAUGUCCCAAGGCCGUAUUUUUUUUAUCUGGUUUUGUUAGGUUAACAAAAUUUCAAGGCAUGUUAAAUUUUUGUCUUAAUGUUCUGAGUUUUAGUUGUGACUUGAAAAAAUGUUCAACAAGAAUAACAAAAGAAAAAGCAAAUCUGAGUUGAUGUUCUGUAAAAAAAAAAUUUUGGCUGUAGAAUUAGUAAUGUGAUCAGAUAAAAUAAUACUAUAAGUUCUUGAUUAAGCAUUUUACUGCUAUAUUUAACUAUUACUGUUUUUGUUGUUAAACUAAACAUCAAAGCGUCUGUAGUCCAACGGUUAGGAUAAUUGCCUUCCAAGCAAUAGACCCGGGUUCGACUCCCGGCAGACGCAUUUAAUUUCCCCUUCAGUCAUUUUUUUUUCUUUGAUUCGCUUUCUGUGGUGUAAGAUCUAUUGAAACAUUUUCUUGAUUAUCUUUAUACAGAAUCAGGUGGAAAUGGUUCGAUACCAGUGAUUUCUUAACCAAAAUAUAGAGAAACCCUGGAAAAAAUUACCCUUUUGUAGCAUAAACACAUAAUACUUAAAUUUAUUAAACAGAUAAAAAAGAGUAAGUAGACAAAACUAAAGCAAAACCCCACAAGAUGUACCAAUGCUAGUUCCCAUCUUAAGAAACACAAAAGCAUCAAGAGCAGCG